AUGAAAUGCAAAGAUUGUGGGGCCUUUGGACACACUAUAAGAAGCAGGAAGUGUCCUAUGAAGUGUUGGGAUGGGGCCAAGGCACCACAACCCUUUGGUGUAAAGAUGGGAAAGGAGAACCGGGACCCACGGAAGCCGCAGAACCCCCAGAGUCCUAAGCUAGUGAUUGAGACAGAGGAAGAGAGAAGAGAGAGAGAAAGACAAGAGCAGCAGAGGAAGGCUCUCCUGCUCAAAUUUCCCAAGAAACCUUCAGAGAGGAAGCAGAGCUGGAAGGAUACAACACAUUCUGGUGACUAUCUAAGGCGUCCAAGCAGACCUAGUUUCAUCCAUAUAAACAGAAAAGUAUCCCUGAACCGGCCUCAAAAUAGUCUACCAUUACGUGAGACAUCUGAUGGGCAACUUGUGUCCCAUAUAGCACCUUCCACAGAAGAUCCUAAUAUUAUCUUCCCACUUGAAGAAAAUGAAAGUCAGACCUUGGAUGGCCAUAAAAUGUCAAAAACAGCAUUUGGGCACAGUGAUGAGAACCCAGCUUUCAGUGAGAAUCCAGCAGACCAAAGCACAGAGCAUUGCUUCCGUCAAAUUCCCCAGGCUGUCUUCAGUGUGCAGGAAAUGGGCCACAUGGUUAAUACUCAGUCACCAGGCCAGCAUUUUGAUGGGAAUAAACACUGGCAUCUGUAUUCUGUAGUACAUACAGCUACCCGGGAUGCUGAACUCAUCUUCAAAGUAACCAAUGGGAGAAAUUUCCAGGUCUGCAACCAGAAUACCCAAAAUUCUUUAAAGAAAUGUCAACUAAGCCCCUACCAAACACCUCAGAAAAGCACUAAAACUUCUACAUUCGGGGCUUUCCAUGCUGUGCCAUGUUCUAAUACCAGUGGAGUUGAACCAAAAGAGUUACCUCAAGGGAACAGCAUUGAACAGCUUCCACAAAACACAGCUCUCCUGAAUGUCACCCAGCCUCAUACUGAGACUCAUAUUAGCCAUGUUCCAGUCCAACACCUUCGAAUGCUCUUCACUAGAUUGGCAAAUGACUGCUGGAGCUCCAAGAUCUUGUAAGCUUCUGCAUCCCAUCCUCCUGAAAAGAAAGUAUCUCCUGAUAAGAUCUCACCCUCCCAGAAGCUGUGUGAGGGAUCAUACUCCUGGGGGCACUGACUAUCUUCAUAAAUAACGUUCCAACCUCCUCCUUUGAGGAGAAUAAAUGAGAACAAGACCAUAUGCAAAGAGAGAUUGUUUCCAGCCUCAGAGGAGCUUGUGGUAACUGUUCAAUGGAGAAGAGAAGAGCAAAGGAAGCUGACUGAGCCAGUUGAUUCAGGUUUUUAGGACAGUGAAGCACAUUAACUGGCAAGGUACCAUCAACAGAACGACAGACACAGCUGCUAACUGUUCAGAUCACAUAAAUUGCACUUCAGAUGGAGCUUACUCCAAAGUGAAACGUUAAGGAGUUUUAUGUGAAGUCUGUAAAAACUUGAGUUAGCAUGUACAUAUGUUCUUGAAUUGGCAUGUACAUGUGUUUUUCAUAUAUAAGUAGAAAACCAGAGGUAUCCUGUUUGGCAUCUGGAUGAUCUCUGAGACCUACAUCUUCAUCCUAACAUCAGAAGGGAGUUCUUGUGGGUAAAAACCAUCACUUACAGAUGUUCUUUAAUGAGUUGUAAAUAUGUUUUAAAAAUAUGUUUUAGUGUUAAAGUCCUAGAAAACAUGCCAAAGAAAAAAGUUUACUGUUCUGCCUUUCCCUCAUAUGCUGCAGCUGUUACUCUCAUGGAGUAAUCAGCCCUAAUAGUUUGUUAU